UCCGCAAGCUGCGCAGCGCUGGGGCGGACCACUGGCAUUCGGGGCGUGGGCAUACGCUGCCGUAGCCGCCGGGCUGGUCCUGCUCCGUGCCGGCGGCCGGGAGUGGGGCGGCGGGUAAGUGGGCACAAACGCGGAGGGCACGACCACGGAGGGCUCGUACUGCUGCCUUCGUCGAGCAAACAUGAAUGUUGGAGUUGCCCACAGUGAGGUGAAUCCAAAUACCCGUGUAAUGAACAGCCGGGGUAUGUGGCUGACAUACGCAUUGGGAGUUGGCUUGCUUCAUAUUGUCUUACUCAGCAUUCCCUUCUUCAGUGUUCCUGUUGCUUGGACCUUAACAAAUAUUAUACAUAAUCUGGGCAUGUAUGUAUUUUUGCAUGCAGUGAAAGGAACACCUUUUGAAACUCCAGACCAGGGUAAAGCAAGGCUCCUAACUCAUUGGGAACAACUGGAUUAUGGAGUACAGUUUACAUCUUCACGGAAGUUUUUCACAAUUUCUCCAAUAAUUCUAUAUUUUCUCGCAAGUUUCUAUACGAAGUAUGAUACAACUCACUUCAUCCUAAACACAGCUUCUCUCCUGAGUGUGCUAAUUCCCAAAAUGCCACAACUACAUGGUGUUCGGAUCUUUGGAAUUAAUAAGUAUUGAAAUGUUUUGAAGCUGAACAAAAUUUUCUAACAGCUACUGAGUUUCCUAUAAGGAAGGAGUAGUUAGUAAACUGCACUGUUUCUGUGAUAAUAUGAAAUGAGAGGUGUUUACAUUGGAGGGCCUGUUGGGUUCUUCAUAUGCUGUUUUGAGGUGCAGAUUUCUAUUAAAAGAUGCCUCUGUUUAAUGCAUCUGGUAUAUUUCUGAAGAGAGGCUUUAUAAGCAGGCUGGGCAGGCCCAGCUUAUAAGUAAAUGGCAACACAGUGAGGGUGUAGUAGAUGAAUCCAAGGAAAUAAGAGAUUUGUAAGAAACUAGGACCAGCUUCACUUACAAUGAAUGGGCAUUAUGUUAGGAAAAGAAAAUUUCCAAUCAUUCAGUCAUAGUCAGUUUAAGGAGACUUACAUGUAAACCAGAAUCAUCUCUUUAUAAGCUUAUUAAAGAUUGUUUUUAUUACCAUACGUACUCCUCUUGUUUUACAUAAGAGGAGAUAUACCCUCUCAUUUUAUGCAAGCUAGUUCCUACUUAGGAGUGUACUUUUUUUGGUUUUGCUGGCUCAAUAUUUUGUGUUGAUAGAUAAGGUUAUUUUUAUAUUUAUUACGUUACAGAGUUCAUGAAGGUCCACCUUUAUGACUGGGGAAUAGAAGAUAGACAGGUAUCUCACAGGCAGCCUCUGAGUCAGCAUUCUAAUUUUGGGACAAAGUGGGUUUUACUGCUUUUCCAGACACAAGGCUGCUAUACCAAUUAAGAAAAUAAUUUAUUUCAAGCAGUUAAAGUGUAUGGUGAUUUAAACUGUCUGCUUAUUUGGUUGAGCAAUUUAAUUGGUAAAGUUUGUCAUUUUUUAGAAAAGGAAAUAUAAAACGGACAACUAUAUAUAGCCAGCCUGUGGUCUGGCAGAAACUGUUUCUCUAGCAGUAGUACCAAAGUAAGUAAUGGAGUCUUUUUUAGCAGGUCUGCAGUAAAAGAUAACAUUCUCUUUUCUUAGUCUGCCUGCCCUCAACCCCCAUAUUUUGCCCAUUAAUACUUUGCCUUUAAAUACAUGAGUCUUAGUGUAGAUAACCCAAAAUGGUAACUAUUUCCAGAACACCAAGCAUACUGAAUUUUUGGGACUUAGGAAAGUUUCCUAUAGUUGCUAACAUUAAUUGUAAGAAAUAACUAUAUACUACUUUGAGAAGUAAACAUGUCGAAAAAACAAAGUUCUGAUAUGGAAUGAAAUUGAAAAAUUGAGUAACAUAAACAGAAUUGAGUGAAAAGAGUUAUAGACCAACUUAAAGAUCAGUUUGUGUCAAUAAACUGACUUUUGGGGAUAAUGAUCAUUGUUUUGUAUUUCAAAAGUAUUGAGUUUAGAAAUCAGUUGUAUGAGACAGCCUUUGUAUGUUUGUCUUUUCUCAUGUAUUUUUAAAUAACCAGUAAUCUAUACUUUAAUAAAAUUUUUCCUUGGUGUAAGAUUA